GUUGGAGUAGAGCAGAGCUACUAAUGGCAAGCUGGCAGUGAUAGCUCAGCCUCAGUCUGUCAUGGUCGGAAGAGUUAGUCUCGCGACACUGGUCGCCCUGCUGUCGCUGUGCCUUGCUGUGCAGGGAGACAAGUUUGACGAGAAAUAUGGUCGACAUAACAUCACUCAGGGUAUGAGGAGACUUUACCCCAACUAUCCUGUGGAUGUGCUAUUGUUCCACGACACACCGAAGGUGGACGGCUCCUGGUUCCCUUACCCGAAAGUGAAGUCACACGACGUCUGCUAUACGUCAGCAGGAACUGGAAACCGCAAGUUCUCUAUCACGGCGUUCAAUGUGACCGACCAGAUUCCCGGGGGCGAUGGAGGCCUGGCCUACGUCACCGGAGGGGGUGUUAACUCUGGUAAACUCUGCCUACAUCUCAAAACACAGAGGAGCAAGGGAUACAAUUUCAUUAUCGAUAUCUGGGGUUACUUCAUAUAAACACAUACGAUAUUCUGCAACAUUAGUUGUCAACUAAAGUCAUUGUGAUAUAAAUAUAAGCUCGUUAAACAAAA